AUGAUAUUCCUUGAUCCUGGUUCCAGUAUUUCCAGGUUUGCUCCUGACAUAACCAUGUACCUUUUCUUCCGGGACGCUGGAUGCUUGAGCUUGGGGAACGGAUUGGUCCCUCACUCCCGCUCUCAUGACUGCUGUCCAGGGUCAUGGGAACUUCCCUCUGCUUCAAAGAUCGUCUCUCUUGUUAAUCUGGAGUUCGAAGAUCGUACGAGGGGACGGACAUCAGGGAUUCCAUCCGAGUCGAACAGAGCCCAAGAUCUCAUAGGAUCGCCUGACAGCAUGUCUCCGGAGAGGAGGAUAGAGGCGCAUCACACGAUAGAAUCCGACACCCACAAAAAGCGGAAGCGUAUGAGGCUGAAACUGGGUGGCAUGGAGUUCCCUGGGUCUACAUAUCAAAAGGAAAAAAAUUGUCGCUGA